AUGACGAGCUACGCAGCCAACGUGUUUCGCAAGGUGGAGAGGACGUGCUACCAUCUCCCUGUCAUCUUCAACACCUUCCUGGUCUUCUCCAUUACCGGGGAGGUGAGCUACCUGGUGCUGGUCGAGGCUCCGCUGGAGGCGGACCAGAAGAGGACGGAGUGGUCCUUGCAGUGGAAAUCCGUCCACCUGCUGGUUCAGUACAUCAUGCUUUGCAACAUUUGCUGGAACGCCGUACUAUUUGUCCGCACCAGCCCCAGCAUCAAGGGUGUGUUCCUUGGAGGGGAUAGUGUGGGACAGGGAUGGAGGUACUGUUAUGCGUGUGAAACACACACUCCUCCACGCUGCUCGCAUUGCUACGAUUGCAACGUAUGCGUGUUGCGACGGGACCACCACUGCGUGUUCUUUGGGCAGUGCGUGGGUUUCUGUAACUACCGUUACUUCCUCACCUGCUUGCUCUUCAUGUGGUCGGGGCUACUUUACGCCACGCUGAUGAACGCUGAGGUCUUCAUCACCAUAUUGAAGGAAGGUGUGACAUUGCACAGCGUCUUCCUGCUGAUGAUACCCUGGAUCAUGCUGGUUUCAGGUCAGGUCUCAGCACGUGCCUUUGCCUUCGCCUUCAUUGCUGACACGUGCGUCGUGGGCUUCCUGUUGGUCUCUGCCUUCUUCUUCUUCCAUCUUUUCCUCCUUUUCCGGGGUCAAACCACAAGGGAGUGGUACUCGUCUCGCCGCCCCUAUAACCUUGGACUGUUGGGCAACUUGCGUCACACCUUCGGUAGUCGCUGGUAUUUGUGCUGGCUCUGUCCGCUUAUCCCGUCACCUCUACCGGGGGAUGGGAUACACUUCCAGAUUACCGGAUCACUCGAACCUGUAAUAACAUCUGGGGUUGGUUCUACUCCGCAAAGGGAUGACUGAUAUACUUUUGUGUGGGUUAGACUCUUUGAUUGUUCCCUCGGAAAAACGCUGUUUUCCCAACAGGAAUACUCAGCAAUGAAACGUUUGUGUAUGUUUGUAUGUACAGAUGUACAGUCCUGAUUUUUUUUCUUCAUAUCUAUUACACAAAAAGGAAUUAAAUCAACAAACCAAUUUCAAUAUCACUCAGAGACAAACCAAGGAAAUACAACAUGCAGUUUUCAAAUGACAAUUCAAUUUAUUAAGGCACAAAAAAAAUUCAAAGCUUUCAGAAUUGCCACCCAGCCCUUGUUAAAUUACAAAGUCACUGUAACUAACUACAAAUAUGGGAAAGGUGAGUGAAAGGUUACAAGGCAAUUUUUAAGGCUUUGGAACUCCCAUCGAACCACUGUCAGAGCCAUUAUCCACAAAUGAAAAAACUGGGAACAGUGGCAAAUCUUCUCAGGAUUGGAUGACCAACUAAAAUUACUCCAAGAAUGCGACAGUGACUCAUCCAAGAGGUCACGAAAGAAACUCAAACACCAAUUUAAGACCUGCAGGGCUCUUUGGCCUCUCAGCUAAGGUCAGUGUUCAUGACUCUUAUCAUAAGACACUGGCCAAAAAUGGCAUCCAUGGGAACGUUCCCAGGUGAAAACACCUGCUGUCAGCAAAGAAUACAAAGGCUUGUCUCACAUUUGCCAAAAAACAACUUGAUGACCCUCAAGACUUUUGGAGAAACAUUCUGUCGACUGAUGAGUCAAAAAUCAAACUUUUUGGAAGGUGUGCGGCCCUUUACAUCUGGUGUAAAAAUGGCACAACAUUUCAUAAAAAGUACAUGACGCCAACAGUGAAGCAUGAUGGUGAGAAUAUGAUGGUCUGGGGCUGCUUUUCUGCCUCAGGACCAGGACAAUGAAUUCUGCUAUGUACCAGAAACUCCUGAAGGAGAAGAUCUGGCCAUCAGUCCGUGCCCUCAAACUAUCUCAAAGCGCUCUUGGCUCAUCCAGCAACUCCACCUCAUAUUGGCUUCUAAAAAAAAUACAAGGUUUUUGGAGAGGCCAAGCCAAAGUCUGGAUUUAAAACAAAUUGAGAUGCUGUGGUGUGACCUUAAAUGGGUACUACAUGCUAGAAAACCCUACAAUAUGACAGGGUUGAAACAGUUCUGCAAAGGCGAGUGGGACAAAAUUCCUCCAGAGCAAUGUGAAAGAGUCAUCACCAAUUAUCGCUAACGCUUGAUUUCAGUUAUUGCUGCCAAGGGUGGCACAACCUGUUAUUGGGAUCAGGGGGCAAUUAUGUUUUCACAACUCAUCAGAAAUGUUUGGAUUUUGUAUGUGUGUGCCUUAAUAAAUUGAAUUGUCAUUUGAAAACUGCAUUUUGAAUUUCCUUGGAUUGUCUCUUAGUGGUGUUAAAAUUGGUUUGAUGAAACAUUCGUGUGUGAUUUGCGAAAAAACAAAAACAAAUCAGAAGUGGGGGAAAAUACGUUUUUAUGGCACCAUACGCUGCCGGGAAAUGGUUUUCGAUUUGAAAUUUAAAGUUUAAUUUCUCAUUUUACUUUGAAAUUAAAGCACAGAGCAAAUAAAUUAAGUUACAAAAGAUCUUAUGGGUUAGGGUUUAAAACAGAUUUAAAUUUAUACAAACUAUUUUAAACCAUCACCAAUGACAUGCAUUAACUGAAAAUUCUAAAUUGCUCUUAGGUGUGAUUCCGAGUGUGAAUGGUUGUUUGUCUCUAUGUACCCUGCGAUUGGCUGGCAACCAGUUCACGUUGUUCCCCACCUUCUACCCAAAGAUAGCUGGGAUAGGCUCCAAUACUCCCGCAACCCCUGGUAGGAUAAGCGGUUCAGAAAAUGUAUACACCCUGAACUGCUUCUCAGCCAAUCGCAGGGCAAAUAGAGACAUAGAACAGUCACACUGACAAUCACACCUAAGAGCAUUUUAAGAGUCUCCAAUGAAUGCAUGUUCUUGGGAUGUGGGAAGAAACCGGAGUGCCCAGAGAAAACCCACGCAAGCACGGGGAGAACAUGGAAACUCCAAUAGGCGUGUUUGGGAUAUGAAUCCCGGUCCUCAGAACUGUGAGACCAAUGGUCUAACCAGUUGCGCCACCGAAAUUUACUAUUUCUCCCAACUCUGUUGUGGAAGUUCCUUCAACAGUGUUGCUAUUCCUUGGACUUGAAAUAAGUGUUCCCUUGUUUAACGGAGGGGUUAUGUUCCGAAAAAUACCCACAUUAAGUGACAUCUGUGUAGUAGAUUUUUAUUUUUUUUUAUUAUAGAUGUUUGAAUGUUUUUUAUGUCUCAAUGUUUGGCACAUAGCCGGAAGUGCCGACUAGUUUUUUUUUUUUUUUUUUUUUUUUUUUUU